AUGUCUCAUCCUAAAAUCAUUUUGAGACAUAGGUCAAUCCUCUAUGUGGUGAACCUCCUGAUCCCCAGCUGCUUCCUCAUUACACUGGACCUCUUCAGCUUCCUGCUGCCUCCACAAAGUGUGGGCCGGUCCUCCUUCAAGAUGACCCUCACCUUAGGCUACACCGUCUUUCUGCUCAUCAUGAAUGAUCUGCUGCCUGUCACUGGGGAGACAACACCUCUCAUGAAUGUUUUAUUCUCAGUCAGUCUGACUCUGAUGGUGGCCAGCCUGUUGGAGACAGUGUUCAUCACUAAUAUCCACUUCAGCUCCAGCCAGUACAGUGCGGUGCCUCAAUGGCUCAGCGUCCUCGUGUUGCAGUAUCUGGCUGUUGUCGUUUUUCUCCCUCCAAAGAAGAACAACCGCAUCACAUUCUUCCUUCAACCACCUGCUACAGACCCAGCAAUAAAUACCAGCAUCGUCUCUUCAAGAGAUCUUCAGAGCAUCUGUGGUGAUACACCUCCAGAGAAGCCCCUUCUGGAGCCGGCCCUUGAUGAAUUGCGUAAACUAAGCAGAGAUCUCAUGGCCAUCAGCCUCCAGAUGGACAACCACAUCCAGGGGACCAAAAGUUCACAGGAAUGGCAAAUGAUCAGGAUAGUCGUCGACCGUCGGCUGUUCGGCUUGUACAUUAUAUUCAUCUCGGUUAGCUCUAUCACCAUUGUAUCUAUCUGGAUCUGGAAUAACUCGUACGUAGGUUGA